CCGGGUUCGUCGAAGUAGGCGGGGCCUGGGGGGUCAAUGUGACCGAUACAUGCUGUCGCAAUGGCCGGGCUGGUGGAUUUUAAGAAUGAAGAAGAAGUGAAGGAGUUUCUAGACAACCUGGGCACGGAGUACUCCUAUCAGUGCCACCGAGAGAAGGACGCGGAGGGAUGUCACCGGUUAGCAGAGUAUUUGGAGAACAUCAAAAAAGACUUUGAAGCUACAGCAAAGGUCUUGAAGACAAACUGUGAGCAGAGUCAUCAUAGUGAGAGCUGCUACAAACUGGGGGCUUAUCAUAUUACUGGGAAAGGAGGUGUUCCAGUCGACCUAAAAGCUGCCUAUGACUGCUUCCUGAAAUCCUGUCUUAAGGGAGGGAAGAAAUCUAUUGAUUCCUGCCAUAACGUUGCGCUUAUGGCACAAGAUGGUCGCAUAAAUGAUGGGAAACCUGAUUUCAAUGUAGCCAGGGAAUAUUAUUCCAAGGCUUGUGAUGGCAAAUUUGCACCAAGUUGCUUUAACCUUAGUACGAUGUACUUGGAGGGAUCACCUGAAUUUCCCAAGGAGAUGACCCAGGCUCUGCACUUCUCUGAGAAAGCUUGUGAGCUGGGACAUAUAUGGGCCUGUGCUAAUGCCAGCCGAAUGUACAAACUUGGAGAUGGGAUCAAAAAAGAUGAUGCUAAGGCGGAAACUUUAAAAAAUCGUGCUAAGGACCUUUAUCAAAAGCAGAAGGCGGCCCCACAAAUCACUUUUGGGAUGUAAAGCAUGGCGGUAUAGAAGAAUGUUUUUUUAUCUACUGCGCCAGAUAUUAGGUUUUUCUACCAAAAUGGACAAUAUGAAUUAAAUGAUAAUUUAACGGCACACACGUCUGGGUUUCUUUCUCAUUUGUAAUAUAUAUAUAUGGAUUGGGAUCUAAGCAGAUGAGCGAACUACAGUAUGAAUCUGUGACAUAAAAGGAUUUUCAGUCAAUCUGUUCUGUCUUGUCUGGUACAUCACAUACGGGCGUUGGUGUAUGAAACACUUCACACUGAGUUCUCGCCACUAUUGCUUGCCAAUCAUAACCCCGACAAUGUGAUCAUGAUGUGCCGACCAGUGACUAUAGCAGCAAAGGGGUUUUACAAGGCCUCCGUACCUCACACAGGCUGCACUAGUAGAGCGUCGAUUCAUUAGUGUAAGCAAUGUUUUGAUUGCUUAUAAAAGUCCCCAAAGGGUUUUGUGUUAAGAAAAAAUAACAAAAAAGGAAAAAUAAAUAAAUAUACAUCUGAGCAGUGUAGAAGUGGGGGGAUGGGCACUGCAACACUAAUGAUAGCAGCCUAAUUGAGCACACUAGGAAGAGUCCCGGUGAAGUGUAAAAUGGGGUGCCAUACACUGGUAGAACACAGCGAUUCCACAAAAAUAUCCAAAGUAAGAGAAAAGAGUGUCUGCACUCACCAUAUAGAAUUCCGGACUUUAUUGUAGAUUGUCCAUACAAAAGACAGCAAAAUAAAUAAAUAUACACUAAUAAAAU